AUGGGUGUGUUAUCAUCGGUUAACAUUACAUUCUUCAGAGUGGGCUAUUUGUCAUUUCUGGCCUUUGCAUGUCUUAAAGAUGUGAAUUUGAUUUUGUCAAAUGCGUCGUUUUUGAUGUUUACGAAGGCUAUGAACCUUCCAGCUCUGGUAAUUCCCUCUUAUAGUGCGCAAUUGGGUCUUUUUGCCGUGGUCUUCAGUUUACUGGCCUUACAAGAUUUUAUUCCGUUAAUAGAACGGAACACAAUGUAUUUCGAGUCAGUUGUCUCUCUCAGAUUGUUUUUCUUCUUUGCGUUAACCACAUAUGCAUACUGCGUUCCAGGAAACUUGUUCCUUCACAACAAUGCCGUGGUGAUCUACGGUGGCUGCGAAAUUUGGAUGAACUUUCUCAUCUUCACAGCCCUAAGGGACGAAAAAAAUGAGAGAUUUAAGGAGGCCAAUAGAGUGACCCUGGACGAUGAGCCUGAGGUCCUAGAGCCACUGACUGAGCUGGAAGGAGCAGAAGCAGACGCGAGGGCUGAGGACUCUAGCAAUUCUUCAGACGAAGAAUAG